GAUCUCAAAACUCAAGUCAUAUGGCGGUUUUCGCUGGACUAAAUCUUUACUUACUCUGGAACCAGAGCUACGGUUAAAUGGUUAAUGAAUAAUCCUCACUUGCUGAAAAACAAAAAAACAAAGACACAUUUGAAAUCUUUAAUUGCGCAAUAUUGCGUGUGGUCUGGACACUGAGGGCUGUCCCCAUAACAUAGCAUGGCCCCACGCAGCGCGAACAGGUGCCACGCCGCUCGGCUUGCGUCUCGGCGCAGUUCGCGGCGUGCAGAAAUCGCGGCGGAGUGGGAGCUCGUCGCGUCGCCCGCCUCUUCAGGUCUGAGCUCGGUCUGCAUGGCGGUGACCGCGCGUUGCGUUGCAGCAACACCUCGUAUUUUCAGCAGCUCGGUGGGGAGGUUGCUCGGAGCUGACCGCAGCGCAGCUGUGAGAGGCAGAGAGCCAGCCGGCAAACGUUGCGGAGUGUGCGUUUCACACUCAGUCACCGGGUCCGUGAUGAAUAAAAAGCUGCUGGUGGAUGUAGACUGUGGGCUGGACGAUGCCCAAGCCAUCAUGAUGGCGCUGGCCGCCCCCAGCGUGGAGCUCCUGGGUAUCACCUGUGUGCAGGGAAACACCACGGUGGAGAAUGUGUGUAAGAACACACUGCGAGUUCUGCAGGCCUGUAAGAAACUCGAGAUUCCAGUGUUCAAAGGUGCUGCUAAGCCUAUCCUUGGGAACAGCAUUAGUGCGGGACACUUUCAUGGGCAGGACGGGCUGGGAGACGCCCCUGACCCCAAAGCUCCUGCCUUGGACAUGGUUCAGAAGGAGGGCGCUGUGUCCGCUAUGAUCAGGAUUGUCAAUGAAAACCCAGGGGAGGUAUCUCUGGUUGCCACGGCACCCCUCACCAACCUGGCUCUAGCUGUGAGGAUGGAUCCAUCUCUACCAAGCAAACUCAGAGGGCUCUACAUCAUGGGAGGCAACACUGAAUCUCGAGGAAACACCACGGUGUGUGGUGAGUUCAAUUUUGCUGCUGAUCCAGAAGCUGCCUACAUUGUACUGAACGAGUACCAGUGUCCUACCUACUUGGCCUCCUGGGAGUUUACUUGCUACAAUAAUCUGUCCUGGGAGUUUUGCGACGCCUGGUUAGCACAGGACACUGAUAAAGCUCGCUUCAUGGCACGGAUCUUCAGCUACAGCAUGGAAGCAUCACACAGCAAGCGCAUCGAGAAAGAGUUUGUCAACAUCCCGGGGUUUGUUUCCUGUGACUCGUACGCCAUGGCAGCUGCUGUGGACGACUCAUUCAUCAUAGAAAGCGACCAGUAUCCGGUUAGCGUAGAGCUGACGGGCACACACACCAGAGGCAUGAUGAUAGUAGACACUGUAGGCCUACUGAAGAAGACUCACAAGGCCUUCAUCAUGAAGAAGGUGGAUAUGGAGAAGUUCAAGCAGAUGAUGAUGGCUGCUUUGAAAUAACAGCUCUGAGGGUGCUAAGGAGACAGGCGUGACCUCCAUGUCUCUUUGUCUGUCUACAUGUUUGCUCAGUAUGAAGGUUUUUCUUAAGUAAAUCUUAUGCUUAAGUCAUGUAUUCUUUUUUUAUAACUACACAUUAAA